UUAAUAUUUAUUAAUUGUUAUGGGUGAAGUGUUUUUGUUGAACAAUUCAAAUAUUUUAUUUCUUGAAUUGAUUCAAGAUUAAUCUAGUUUAUUUUUGUUGAUAUGUUAAUUUUUGUUUGUUCAAAGGAAUAAUUGUUUUAUUUAUUUAUUAGUACAAUCAAAUAAAUUUAUGAUGGCAUCACUAAGAUACAUUUAUCUACUUGCCUACUUGACAAUCUCCAUAACAUCGAUAUCCUCAGAUAACGAUCGAGGACGUAAAUUAUUUGGUGGAUAUCGAAUAGAACCAAAAGUAUGUCGACCAACAAAUCCAUCAAAAAUACGCUCAGAUGAACCAGCAUUAUGUAUGUUUAAUUACGAAUGUGGACAACGAAAUGGACAAGUCGUUGGUGCUUGCAUGGAUGGAUUUUUAUUCGGUGCUUGCUGUCAACUCCCACCCUCAUCAGUAUCUUCAUCAUUAUUAUCAACAAUCAGUGCAUCAACAAGGCAUCCCAUAAAUCAGGAAACUAAAACAACAUUAAAAACAAUUGAGACGAUAACUCAAAAACCUGCUGAAACAACCAAUAUUAAUUUUGAUCCAAAUUACUCGACAUUAAUUAACCAACAGAGUAUAAUUGAUGAUUUAUCACAGCCCGAUUUAUUGGAAAACUCAGAUUCCAAUAAUGAUCUUCAGAAUAAGGAAACGUCCGCAGAAUAUACCGAGUUGAAGCCAGUAGCGACAUUGACACGACCAGAUGAGGUUCUCCAAAUAGCUGAUCCAGUUUAUCAGUUACCUAGUUUAUUUUCCCAUGGGCUUCCUAGUAAUAAUAAUUCACACCUAGAAACAAUCUUGCUGGAUAAAAAUGGAACGGCGAUUGAUAAUAAGAUUGGUGAUUUUUCAUUUAAACCUAAAAAUCGUUCUACUCUUUCUCCCUAUCCAUCUUCAGCUGCUACUACAAAAAAAUUGAGUUCCAGUACUGAAAGUAGUAGUACAACACGCAUGCGUCCAACACACUACAUGAAUACCCAAAAAAUAUCAGAAUCAACAACAGAUUCAAAUUUGGUUCGUGUGUCAACAAUAAGUCACAACACCAUGUCUGGAAACAAAAAACACGAUGAUAAUGUUGAUUUUCAAAAAGAAGAAAUAGCAAUAAAUCACAUAAUAUCGAUGCUUAAUGCCAGUACACCAAGUGGAUCUAGUGGUUCUUCACCGUAUGAUAUCCAAAAAUUACACACAAGUAGCUCAUCAGUUCAUGGAUGGGUAACUAUAGACGAUACAUCUGAAUCAACAAAUACAGAAACUUUUCCUUAUACAUUUUUCAAACCCGUACAAUCAACUAAACCUGCAAAUUUUUAUCACUACGAAGUUGCAUCAUCAACCCCAAUAAUUUCCAAUACCAAAAGUAAACCAACACGUCCACCUAAUAUUAUUUUAUCAUCAGAUUUUAAUCACAAUAAUUAUAAUUAUCCGAGUACACAAAGUUUAUCAUCGAGUUAUCAUUAUUUGUCAACAAAACCAACAACUUUACCACCAGCACCAACUGUUAUUGUUUUAGGACCGCUUGGUACUAAUGAUUUUACAAGUGUAACUUCACCAAAACCAUUUACAAGACGUCCUAUCAAUCAACAACAACAACAACAACAACAACAACAACAACAACAAAAUAAACCCAUUUAUUCUUCUUCUUCUUCUUCUUCUUCUUCUACUUCUUAUUUCCAAUCUUCUGCAAAACCUUCGUCAUCAAAACCAAGUAUUAAACCUACUAUUAAACCUAGUCAAACAAAUAAACCAGGCACUACAAUAACACACAAUAUCAGUACAAUAAUAUCGACAGAUUCUAAUGCAGAUACUUCAUCAAGUAGUAAUAUUAUAUCGACAAGUUUUAUAAAUGUUAAAUUGAAAGAUACAAGCAGUCCAAAACCUUCAGCAGAAAAUGAUGCAACUGUUGUUACAAAAAAACCAACAACUGUCUGGACCACAUUGUCAACAUGGUCAAGCAAACCUAGCUUUCAAUUGAGACCCGGACAACCUGAUUUUGAGUGGCCACAAGAUAAUUUGACACCUGUCCAUACAAUUGUUUUUAAGCCUACACUAAAACCAUUGUCAGAAAAUAUUGUCACAACACCAGAAAGUGAUGACAAUGAAGGAACAACGACAAAUGAUCACUUGAUAAAUUUUCCACCAGAUCGAAAUCCAAAUUUGACCAAUUCAACUCCAACUUCUCAGCAAGAGAAACCUACAAUUGUUGAAUCAUCAAAUAAUACAAACUAUCCAGAAGUAGAAAUUCAAAAUGAAAACGAAAUUCAAACACCUGGUUUCAUUGAAGAUGAUAUUUUAACAAAUAAAGUUGAUGAUUUUGUCCACAAAAUAGUUGAUUCUCUACAGGGAAACUUUCAAGAUCUAAAGGACAUUGUUUACAAUAGGAAAAAUAUAACGACCCAAACAACUGUCCCCCCUUACGUAAGCGUAAUAACAAAAAAACCUCCGACAAAAAGACCCACUCAGCAAAAAGCAACGACAAAAAAACCACCGACUAAACGACCUGUGAAACCCCCCACUAAUUCUGCCACCAGUGCAAAACCCAUUAAAGUUACAAAGCCUGACAAAAUAACAACGUCUACAGUUUCUGGCGUUGGGGUGACCACCAAGAGACCGAUUGUCACGACCAAACGACCUUUCAAACCAACUAAAAAGGUUAAUGUUACUAACACUAUUGGCUUAAGUACUAGUUCUACAACACAAAAGGUCGAAUUACACAGCACCGAGGCUUCGGUUCUUGAAACUACCCAAUUUUCUACAACGCCGGAUUUUCGUAAAGAAUGUGGAGUAAGACCAAUGAUUAGAGGCGGACGUGUUGUGGGUGGUAGAAAUGCAACAUUUGGUGAAUGGCCAUGGCAAGUAUUAGUUCGUGAAGCCACAUGGCUUGGUUUAUUCACUAAAAAUAAAUGUGGAGGUGUACUUAUUACUGAUAAGUAUGUUAUUACUGCUGCGCAUUGUCAACCUGGGUUUUUGGCGUCAUUGGUAGCAGUGUUUGGUGAAUAUGAUAUUUCCGGUGAAUUAGAGCAACGAAGAAGUGUAUCGAGAAAUGUAAGAAGAGUAAUUGUUCAUCGUGAAUACGAUGCUGCAUCAUUUGCUAAUGAUUUGGCAAUUCUUGAACUUGAGAAACCAGUUGAAUUCGACGCACACAUUGUGCCUAUUUGUAUGCCCGAUGAUAACACUGAUUAUGUGGGUAGAAUGGCUACUGUUACUGGAUGGGGACGUGUAAAAUACAACGGCGGAGUACCAUCGAUUCUUCAAGAAGUUCAAGUUCCCAUAAUGGAAAAUUCAGUAUGUCAAGAGAUGUUCCGCACUGCCGGUCAUUCGAAACUUAUUUUAGAUAGUUUUCUGUGUGCUGGAUAUGCUAAUGGACAAAAAGACUCUUGCGAGGGUGACAGUGGAGGUCCAUUAAUGAUGGAAAAACCAGAUGGAAGAUGGUUUUUAGUCGGCACAGUAUCCCACGGCAUUAAAUGCGCAGCUCCAUAUUUACCUGGGGUCUAUAUGAGAACAACUUACUUCAAGCCAUGGCUCCACAGUGUCACAGGUGUUUAAAAAAUAAUGAUAUCCAAGUCCAUGUUCAAUCAUUUUACCAUUGGUAAAAUAAAAAAGAAAAAAAAAAACAGAAUGUGUGUACAAAUAAAUUUAGACACCCGUGUGAUGAUAAUAAAUAAUAAACCCUAAAUCAAUACGUACUGAAAAUUUCAGCUAAAAAAUCGAUCAUUGAUUAUUCAAUCGAUCUCCUUAGGAAAAAUUUAUA